CGGGCCCCUGCCGCCCGGAGUGCGGAGCCGCGGGAGCGGAGCCGGGGUUAGCGGCGCUGCUGGAAGAUGGCGAGCGGCUGGGAAGCGCGGCCACCCUGGCGGCUGGGGCGCCUCCAUCUGCCCCUGUGCCUGGUGUUGCUGCUGUUGUUGAGGAGCCCGGCCCGGGGGGCACACAUCAAGAAGGCGGAGGCGACGACGACGACGAGUGCGGGCGCCGAGGCGGCCGAGGGCCAGUUCGACCGCUACUACCACGAAGAGGAGCUGGGCAAGGCGUUGAAGGAGGCGGCGGCCGCGGGUCCCCCAGGUCUGGCUCGCCUCUUCAGCAUCGGUCGUUCAGUGGAGGGCCGACCGCUGUGGGUGCUGCGCCUCACCGCCGGCCUGGGGCCGCUGCUCGCGGACGACGAUGCGGGGCCGGACGCUGAGGGGYCGCUCCUGCGCGGCCGGCCGCAGGUGAAGCUCGUAGGCAACAUGCACGGCGACGAGACCGUGUCGCGCCAGGUGCUGGUCUACCUGGCCCGCGAGCUGGCAUCUGGCUACAGCCGCGGRGACCCGCGCAUCGUCAGCCUGCUCAAUACCACCGACGUGUAUGUGCUGCCCAGCCUCAACCCCGACGGCUUCGAGCGCGCCCGCGAGGGUGACUGUGGCCUCAGCGAGGGCGGCCCGCGGGGCGUCAGCGGCCGCGACAACAGCCGUGGCCGUGACCUCAACCGCAGCUUCCCGGACCAGUUCAGUAGCGGCGAGCCCCCAGCCCUGGACGAAGUGCCAGAGGUCCGCGCCCUCAUGGACUGGAUCCGCAGGAACAAGUUUGUGCUUUCUGGAAAUCUUCAUGGUGGCUCAGUGGUAGCAAGCUAUCCUUUUGAUGAUUCUCCAGAGCAUAAAGCAACUGGAAUCUAUAGCAAAACCUCAGAUGAUGAAGUCUUUAAAUACCUGGCAAAAGCUUAUGCUUCAAAUCACCCCAUAAUGAAAACUGGUGAGCCUCAUUGUCCAGGAGAUGAAGAUGAGACUUUCAAAGAUGGAAUCACAAAUGGUGCACAUUGGUAUGAUGUGGAAGGUGGUAUGCAAGAUUACAAUUACAUAUGGGCCAACUGUUUUGAGAUUACAUUAGAACUGUCUUGUUGCAAAUACCCACCUGCUUCUCAGCUUCGACAGGAAUGGGAGAACAAUCGUGAGUCUCUGAUCACAUUGAUUGAAAAGGUCCACAUUGGAAUAAAAGGAUUUGUUACAGAUUCGGUAACAGGAGCUGAGUUAGAGAAUGCAACCAUAUCAGUGGCUGGUAUUAAUCAUAAUAUCACAACAGGCAGAUUUGGUGAUUUCCACAGAUUACUUGUUCCUGGAACUUAUAAUCUUACAGUAGUUUCACCUGGAUAUAUGCCGUUGACAAUUAAUGACAUAAUAGUGAAAGAAGGACCAGCUACAGAGGUGGAUUUUGCCCUUCGGCCAACUGCUGUUGUUUCAUUAAUUCCCGACACGACUGAGACUAUAGCAACUGCUAGUUCUGUUGCUCUACUUAAUGUUCCUCGUGGAACAUCAUCUUCUCACGAACCAAUUCAGCCCAAAGACUUUCACCACCACCAUUUCCCUGAUAUGGAAAUCUUCUUGAGAAGAUUUGCCAAUGAAUAUCCUAAUAUUACUCGUCUGUAUUCAUUAGGAAAAUCAGUAGAGUCAAGAGAACUCUAUGUGAUGGAGAUAUCCGAUAACCCAGGUGUCCAUGAACCAGGUGAACCAGAAUUUAAGUACAUUGGAAACAUGCAUGGAAAUGAAGUAGUUGGAAGAGAACUGCUAUUGAACCUCAUCGAAUACCUUUGUAAGAACUUUGGAACAGACCCUGAAGUAACAGAUUUGGUUCGAAGCACUAGAAUUCACCUUAUGCCAUCCAUGAACCCUGAUGGGUAUGAGAAAUCUCAGGAAGGAGAUUCAGGAAGUGGAAUUGGCAGAAACAACAGCAACAACUUUGACCUGAACCGAAAUUUCCCGGACCAAUUUGUUCAGAUCACAGAUCCUACCCAACCAGAAACUAUUGCUGUCAUGAGCUGGAUGAAGUCCUAUCCAUUUGUCCUGUCUGCAAACCUGCAUGGAGGUUCUUUGGUGGUAAACUACCCUUUUGAUGAUGAUGAACAAGGGCUUGCCAUUUAUAGUAAAUCACCAGAUGAUGCUGUGUUUCAACAAAUAGCACUUUCUUAUUCCAAGGAAAAUUCCCAGAUGUUUCAAGGCAGACCUUGCAAGAAUAUAUACCCUAAUGAAUAUUUUCCUCAUGGAAUAACAAAUGGAGCUAACUGGUAUAAUGUCCCAGGUGGUAUGCAGGACUGGAACUAUUUACAUACAAAUUGCUUUGAAGUAACUAUUGAACUAGGUUGUGUGAAAUACCCAUUUGAGAAAGAUCUGCCAAGGUUUUGGGAACAGAAUCGAAGAUCUCUAAUCCAGUUUAUGAAGCAGGUUCAUCAAGGUGUUAAAGGAUUUGUCCUUGAUGGCACUGAUGGCAGGGGCAUAUUAAAUGCCACCAUUAGUGUUGCUGAAAUUAAUCACCCAGUGACUAGUUACAAAAAUGGAGAUUACUGGCGUCUCUUGGUUCCAGGAACUUAUAAGAUCACAGCAUCUGCCCGAGGGUAUAACCCAGUUACUCAGAAUGUGACUGUCAAGAGUGAAGGUGCUAUUGAGGUCAACUUCACACUUGUUCGAUCCUCAACAGAUGGCAACAAGGAAUCAAAGAAAGGAAAGGGGGAUAGCACCAGCGCUGAAGAUGCGAGUGACCCAACUACUAAAGAGUUUGAAGCUUUAAUUAAAGACCUUUCAGCUGAGAAUGGUUUGGAAGGCAUUAUGUUAAGCUCUUCCUCAAAUCUGGCUCUUUAUCGAUACCAUUCAUACAAAGACUUAUCAGAAUUUUUGAGAGGACUUGUAAUGAACUAUCCACUUAUUACAAAUCUUACCACUUUGGGACAGAGUGCUGAAUAUCGACACAUCUGGUCUCUUGAAAUCUCCAAUAAACCCAAUGUAUCUGAACCUGAAGAACCAAAGAUUCGUUUUGUUGCUGGUAUUCAUGGAAAUGCUCCAGUUGGAACUGAACUGCUUUUGGCUCUGGCAGAAUUUCUCUGUCUGAACUACAAAAAGAACCCAGCUGUUACUCAACUGGUUGACAGGACCAGGAUUGUGAUUGUUCCUUCUCUAAAUCCAGAUGGGCGAGAGCGAGCGCAAGAAAAAGAAUGUACUUCAACGAUAGGACAAACAAAUGCCCGUGGAAAAGACUUGGAUACAGAUUUCACAAAUAAUGCCUCCCAGCCUGAGACUAAAGCCAUUAUUGAAAAUUUAAUUCAAAAACAAGACUUCAGUCUUUCUGUUGCUUUAGAUGGUGGUUCUGUGCUAGUCACAUACCCAUAUGACAAGCCAGUACAGACAGUGGAGAACAAAGAGACUCUGAAACAUUUGGCAUCUCUUUAUGCAAAUAAUCAUCCAUCGAUGCAUAUGGGUCAGCCCAGUUGCCCAAAUAAGUCAGAUGAAAAUAUUCCAGGAGGAGUAAUGCGUGGAGCAGAAUGGCACAGUCACCUGGGCAGCAUGAAGGAUUAUAGUGUCACCUAUGGCCAUUGCCCAGAAAUCACCGUAUACAUAAGCUGCUGCUACUUUCCUAGUGCAGCACAACUCCCUUCCCUGUGGGUAGAAAAUAAAAGAUCUCUUCUUAGCAUGUUAGUAGAGGUUCACAAAGGAGUACAUGGAUUUGUCAAAGAUAAGACUGGAAAACCAAUUUCUAAAGCAGUCAUUGUACUCAAUGAAGGAAUAAAAGUACACACAAAAGAGGGAGGUUAUUUCCAUGUACUAUUAGCCCCAGGUGUCCAUAACAUCAAUGCCAUUGCUGAUGGGUACCAGCAACAACAUUCACAGGUCUUUGUACAUCAUGAUGCAGCUAGUUCUGUGGUAAUAGUCUUUGACACAGAUAACCGGAUAUUUGGUUUGCCAAGGGAGCUUGUGGUAACUGUAGCAGGAGCCACCAUGUCAGCAUUGAUCCUAACAGCCUGCAUUAUUUGGUGCAUCUGCUCAAUCAAGUCCAACAGACACAAGGAUGGCUUUCAUCGGCUCAGGCAGCAUCAUGACGAGUAUGAAGAUGAGAUUCGCAUGAUGUCCACUGGCUCCAAGAAGUCGCUCCUAAGCCACGAGUUCCAGGAUGAAACGGACACUGAAGAGGAAACAUUAUAUUCUAGCAAACAUUGAAAAAUACACUUUGCACAUCUCCCGGCUUAAGUACCAAGCAAAAUUACAGUUCCUCUUGGGAGACACUGCAUUAAGAGGAGAGACUGUCUUGCUUCUUCAAAGAGCUUUGGGAAGUUAACCUGCUAAAUCUGUAUUCUCUGUGAAUUUCUCUGGCAGUUUUGAACUUCCCUUCCUUAAAGUACUCUUAACCUUUUUAAAAAAUCUGAUUUCUAUUUAUGCAGCA